AUUUUCAUCUAGAACAGAGAGGAAACUUCAGAGACAGAGAGAGAGAGCUUCGGAGAGAGAGUCAGAGCUUCGGAUCAGAGUGAAGAUCUGGGUGAAGAUCAGAGCUUCGGAUAAAUUUUGGCUUCGGAUCAGAUCGGAUCAACUGCAGCUUCGGGUAAACUGUUUUCUCUCUUCAACCCUCUUCAGAUCGACAUCAAAUCCAGGUAUUUUUCUUUGGAUUAUUUCAGAUUUUAAUGGAUUAUUUGAGAAAUUAAUGGAUUAUUUGAGAAAUUAAUUUCAGAUUAUUUAUGUUCAUUCUUCUUCAAUAUUAGUUCAUUCUUGUUCAAGAUUAUUUCAGAAAUUAAUGGAUUAUUCUUGUUCAUUCUUGAGAAAUUAAUUUCAGAUUAUUAGCCCCCCAUCAAAUCCAGGUAUUUUUGUUCAUUCUUGUUCAAUAUUUUGAAAAAUCUGAGAAAGAAAACAGUUUUGUUCAUUCUUGUUCAAUAUUUGAGAAAUCUGAUUUGUUCAUUCUUGUUCAAUAUUAUUUGAGAAAUCUGUUUUGUUCAUUCUUGUUCAAUUUUUGAUGAAUUAUUUGAGAAAUCUGUUUUGUUCAUUUUUUGAUGAAUUAUUAUUUGAGAAAUCUGUUUUGUUCAUUCUUGUUCAAUUUUUGAUGAAUUAUUUGAGAAAUCUGUUUUGUUCAUUUUUUGAUGAAUUAUUAUUUGAGAAAUCUGUUUUGUUCAUUCUUGUUCAAUAUUUUUAUAUAAAACUUCAUGCAUUCUGGAAAAUCCCAACUGAAAGGGAAGGAGGGAAGGAGGGAAGAAAGAAAACAGUUUCAUUUUUGGUGACUUGGCAGAUUUGGCAGCUGCCAAAGUAGUUGUCAAGUUUGGCACUUGAUUUGGCAGCUACUAUAGCAUGCCAUUGGAGAAGCAAUUUUUGCUCAAGCUGCCAUAUUAUGACUUUAGCAGCUGUUAUAGCAAUACAUUGGAGAUGCUCGCUUGGUUUUUUUUUUUUCCUUUCAUUUUUUUGGAAUUUUAUAUGUAAUUUUCUUUAAAUGUUUGAUUUACUUAUAUUCAUUAUAUUGUGCUUUUGCAAUGUUAUUUGGUGUUUUUUUAUUUUAUUUUAUUUUAAUCUUUUUGAAAUUUUAUGUUUGUCAUUUUCUUUAGAUGCUUAAUUUAAUAUGGGUUAUGCUAAAAUGUGGAAAUAAUACCAGAAGAGUUAGAAUUUCAUUGUAUUUUUCAGAUAUUUUCAAAAUAUUUUUAGCCAUUUCUACAUAUUUUUUUACACACAUCAAUUGCUACUCAUUGUCAUUAGCAUUUCCCGUUUAAUAUUCAUUUUAUUGUGCUUUUGCAGUAUUAAUAGUUUAUUUAUUUAUAUAUAUUUUUUGUUUUUGUUUUUUAAGGACGUAGAAGUCUUGGAUCAUCAACAAUUUAUUUGGUAUAAUUACAAUAGUUUAGCUUGAAAUGGAGGGUUGUGGAGAUUUCCUACAGUGGCUUGGACCUGACACGUCUAUGAAUAUUCUCAUGUGUUUAAAGGACCCGUCAGAUCUCAUCCGUGUCUGUUCAGUUUCAAGUUCUUGGCGCCGGUUUGUGAUUGAAAAUAGCCUCUCGAAGCAGCUUUGUCUAAGACUGUUUCCUGAAAUAUCAAGUUUUGCCCAUGUUAUUGAAGUGGAAAACACGAUAGAACCCAUAGUAGUCAAGCCUGACAAGUCUAUGGAAUGGGAAUACUUGAAGAGGGAUCAUAGGGUCUAUGCCUUUUUAGCUCGUGGUCUUACCUCUUUCGUGAGAAAAGAUUGCCUUUCAGAGGCCAUUUUUGCAUCCAGCACUGAUAAUUAUCCUGAAGAAAGCAUUCAAAAUACUCUGGAACCAAGUGAUAGGGUUGAACAGAGAGCUUCAUACUGGUCAAGCGAAGGUGAAAGUGAUCCUACAGUUCCCGAGAUAUUAGACUAUAAGUUGAUUUCAAAGUUGUGUGUCAUCACUGAAAUCCAUGUACAACCAUUCCAAGCAUAUUUUCAGUUCGGAUUUCCUAUAUAUUCAGCAAGGGCUGUGCGAUUUCGAAUGGGACGUCCCAGAUCCUCAAUGGAAAUAGGAAGUGACUUCAGAGAUGAGUUUGAAGCUGGUCGUGAGUCACCUGACUAUGCAUUCGAAUGGACAUAUACCUCACCAGAAUUUCCAAUGGCUCAGGAGAAUUGCUUGCAAAAAUUCAAGCUUCCAGAGCCUGUUCUUUGCAUUGGUGGAAUCCUGCAAGUAGAGCUUUUGGGCAGAGUACAGAGACAAGAAUUGGAUGGUUUAUUUUAUAUAUGCAUCUCACAUGUUCAAGUUGUCGGACGACCACUCUCCUCGGGAUUUGAUGUCGAUAUUCAUGGUCCCUCGGGAAGAUGCACGUUGAAGUACUAUCAUGGGGCUGAGCAUUGCCAGUCACCAACCAGAGCUCCUGAGGGGUAGGCAAGUGAACCCUCUAGUUUCCGGAUGCCCGCUGCAAAUGUGAGGCAUUGGGAGCGAAUGAUUCUGAACACAUUACUCGGGAGUGGAAGAGUGGUAAUUGACGAUGAUGAUGAUUCUGAUGAUGAGCUUUUUAUUUGAACAGUUGGGUGGAACUCAAUACUCUCUUUUUGGGGAACAUUGGUCCCGUUUGGUGUAGCUGUUAAAACAGUUUAUAGAUUAUAGUUUAACAAAUUAUAAAUUAUGAUUUUAAUCAGAAGUUGUUAAUUUAUUUGGUGUAA